AUGGCCGAAGGUUGGUCUGAUGGCAUGUUAGGGUGUGGGGUGCAGGGCGGUCCGAGCACAGCUACGCACUUUGAGCGUUUUCGAGCACGACUCACUUGGCCCAGGACACAGAGGGACCCAGAGGACGAGUCCGCAAGCCCUGCCAACAGCAAGAAGGACGGAGCAGCAGCACUGUUUUUUGUUCAAAGCCCAGCCCAGAGCCCACUGCAGCAGGACAGACGGUCGCCACCCGAGACGCCCACAGAGAUGGCUCCGGACUCGGCAUCCGAAGGUGUUCCAGAGGCUGCACCGAAGCCAACCAGCAGCAAAGAUAUCGCGCUGAUGAAUGUGCGGCAGCUGCAAGCAGAGUGUCGGCAGGAGGGCCUGCGAGUGCGCGGCAACAAGGCAGAGCUGCUGCGCCGACUGCGUGAGGCGCGAGGCAUCGCGCAGGAGGAGCAGGCAGCACUGCCAGCGAUGCAGGAUGAGGAGGAGUCCGCGCGAGGAGAGGAGGCGGCUGUUAAGCAGGAGGCGCCGACAGAGAAUGUCAGCGAUAGAAAGGAAAAGGCCACGACUCCAUUCCUCCAUUUUUACCGCGCAAUCAAGAAUACCCUGACUGCCAAGGGUUGCAGAGGCAUGAUGCGUGAGGCGUCCGCAAGGUUCAAGUCCUUGAGUGACGAGGACCGGGCGCCCUACGAGAAGAUGCAGGUAGAGGAGGAGAAGGCGCUGCAAGCGCAAAAGAAGCGGAAGCUCGUGGAUGCCGUUCUCAAAGACACGCAGUGCACCAGCAUGGGUCGGUGCUUUGUCAAAUUCGUGGAACAGGCCAACCAGGAAGUUCAGGAAGUGGAGGCGAAGCUAAUCCACGUGACCGGAACUGACAGAAACCACAUCAAAGGCUUUUUUUGUGUGGACUGCGUGCUGGUCUACAGAGCCUUGGACCUUGCAGGUUGCCCUGACUGUCGCCAAAGUGUCUGCCGAGUUACCAAGUGUUUAGCCGAGGACAAAGACGUUUACUUGGUGGAUCGCCCCGGAAUGCUUUUGCCAGCAGAGACGGACAUAGAGGAUUUCCGGCUCAGACCUCCGGAUAUCAUGGUUCCGGACACUUUGAAACAUUUUCUUCCUAAGAUUCCAAAGGGCAUCACCAUCGAGGAAGAGGCGAUGUUGCUCUUAGGAUCUGCAGUCGACGAGAUCGUGUCCUCGCUGUUUCAUCGGGCACACCUGUUGAAUCAACACCGUGGCAAAAAGGAGUUGAGAAUGGAUGAUUUCAAACUUGCACUGACACUGGGCGACGAAAGGCAAAUGCUGGACAGUCUUCGAAAAUGCCAAAGAGAAGCCAAGGAGGAAGAGGAGAGAGAAGAGAUUGACAAAGCAGAACAGAAGCGCAAGCGUGCGUUAGAAGGGCCCAAGCCGAAAGCGGCAGCGAAGAGCAGAGGCCGCAAAGCGCCGAACGCCUCCCGGAGGGCGUGGGCGGACCGGUCACGGCUGGAGGCGCCGGCAGGGCUGAAUGUUUCUGACUUCAUGGCCUCCCGGAGGGCGUGGGCGGACCGGUCACGGCUGGAGGCGCCGGCAGGGCUGAAUGUUUCUGACUUCAUGGCCUCCCGGAGGGCGUGGGCGGACCGGUCACGGCUGGAGGCGCCGGCAGGGCUGAAUGUUUCUGACUUCAUGGAGCAGGUGAACAGACUGGUUUGCUGGGCACAAAAGCUGGCCUCUCGGAGGGCGUGGGCGGACCGGUCACGGCUGGAGGCUCAGCUAGAGACACGAGACGUCUUCCAUCAAGGGGCAACGGCUCGCCAUCCAGCUUGCCACAUGCCCAAGCGUCCAGAGUGGCGCCCGUUCGAUGAGUACACACACGUGCUUGGCCAACGACCUGCGGGCGCGGCGGAUGAUCUAGAAGAGCGUUUUCGGCUUGCCUCCAAGGCCUGGAUGGCAAGCUUUUCCAGCCGUGAUGAUGGUGCGUGCUUGGGCAAGCUGUCCACAGCAUGGGAAGCGCAGCAGAAGUUGAAGGCAAACAUGUUCUGCAUGGAGUGCACGGGCUGCCACGCUGGAAAAGGUCGUCGCUUCCGGGCGGAGUGCUCGCUGAACCAGGACGAUGAUACCGUGCGUUUGCAGAUUCUCGUUGCUGGUGAGUGCAGUGGCCAAGCGCGUGUGCUGCGCGAGUCCUUGUCCGAUCAGCCGCCUACCGUGACCGAGCGAAGACGCUUGAAGAUCGCCACUGCACUUGUAGCAGCGGAAGGAGAGGAGGUGACUCCUUCGCAUGUGGCGAGACGCAUGGCAGCUCAGGGUAGCGCGCCAACCAUGAAUGCGCAAGCACUCCGCCACCAAGUGCGUGGCUUCGAUCCAGCUGCAUUCUUGCGACCUCGUCGCCAGAAUGCACCGCCGGUCACGGGGGUCGCAGAUUGGCAGCGCUGCCUGGCGGAACAUCGGGACGCAGAUGCCGGCCUCCUUUGUUUCGUGGUGAGCCCGCCGUCGGGGUCUUUCGUGGCCACUCUGCCACCUAUGCUGAACCACCUGGCAGCUGUGCAUCAGGCCAACUACUUGGGCAUGUGGACGCUCAGUGCCGAUUGCACCUUCAGAGUCGAGGUUGGGAGAUGGGUGUACUUGAUGGUUACAGCCAGCGUGCAUCGUUUGCUUUCAGACAGAUGGAGGGUGGCUUUACGAGAGCUUCAAAAAGAGCUGGAGCGACGGGACGUGCCCAUGCCCUGUCAGAUUCACACAGAUCACUUCCCUGGACUACGGCAAGUGUGCAAAGCGACCUUCCCAUCCUCCCGUCAUGUACCGGGAAUGGAACACAUGUUCCGCAAUUUCGCUAAGAGCGAGAUCAGGGAUCGUGAAACGGGAGAGCCACUCCGCGUGCCGAGGCUUGCAUCGCGGCCGUUGCCAGUGGUAAUUGGGCACCUACACCGGCUGGCGCGCGUUCCGACGCUCAGCCUGUUCAUGCUUCUGGCAUCCGAGUGGUUGCAGCGAAUGACCCACGAAUGGCCGGACCCUGACUUCGCUGCGUAUCUGAGAAGGCAGUACUUCCACGAAGGCCCCGUGGAUGCGCAGAUCUAUGGCAUCGAAACGGGGCUGAAAGCUUCUUUCUGGUAUGGCCACGCCUCCAAAACCGUGGCAGGGCAUCCACCUAGCCAGCAACAAAGCGAGGCAUCCCAUCGACAGUUCAAGAGGAUCGUCGGCAAGUCCCCUAACGACAAGCUCCCAGCCGUGAUUGAGCGCUGCAAAAGUGCUGUGGCUUUAUGGUCCAGCGUCAGUACUUCAACCGAGGCGUCCUAUGGCCUGGUGACACCAAGCGGGAAUACCGGCGGAGUUCCGCUGUCCCCAGACUUAUGGAUGGUUCAGCGAGAUGGUACAGGGCUUUGGCGGCAUCACCUGCCGGGGUCUGGGACGGUCAUUGUGCCAGCUGUCUGGCGGAUCCAUGACGAUGUUGGCCGGACGCCAUCCUGCGUCGUUGAGGACAGCUUCAGCACUGGGCGCUGCUUCAUCAUGCGCACGGGAACACCAGGGCCGGUCGACUCAGGGCAUGCCCGGCAGAUGAUGGCCCAGCUUCGAACUCGCAACGUGCCACAGCUCAAAGCGCUCCUGCAGCAGCACGGCGUCUUGCUCUCGGUCGCGAAUGAGUUGGCUCCGUGGAAGAUUUCCUUCCCCUCCCUCGAUCGCUUCUGGACAGAGCACUGCGUGGUGAUCUAUAGAUCGAGAAGUGGCCAGCCGGCGGCCAGCUCCCAGGAGCAGAUAAUUGCAGGUGACAUCGUUCAGUGCACAUGUUGGUACCACCUUCGCAAGGGCCACUGUCCUCACCAGUACUACGUGCAGGAGCGCCUGGGUCUGCGGGUACACAGCGCCGGCGUACUGCCUACGGCUGCGGCGGCUCGGGUAUCUCUCGAAGAUGACGGGAGCUCCCGAGAAUCGCGUAGGACCAAAGUUCGGAAGCGUCUCUUCAAGAAGAAGCGCCGUGCAGAGUAUAGGCCUCGAGCUGUUUUGCCUCUGCAAGAGCUGCUUGAGGAGAAGGAGGACGCGUCGGUGCCUGCGCCGAAGCGGCUUGCCAGAGUCCUGCCGGCCCAAAGAGCCGCGCGAUAG